UACAGCUUUUUUAUGCCUUCAUCAUGCAAGACAUAAUUGAAAAAGGGGGAUUUUUUUGUUUGUUUAAAACCGAAGAUGUUAAAUAUAGUUUACAGAAGCAGGAACGCCGUUUGAUUGUACGUUUGUAAAAUGCAUGCAUUCGAAAAUAUUCAUGGUAAUAAUUAGGAAUAUAUUACGAAUGAAUUGUAAAAUGUCAUAUACCAGUAUUGUCAUGGUUGCUUUAUUUAGCUUUAUUCUGCUUGAAUCAAGUUUUGGUAUGAAACUUGGCAUGAAGUUGAACGUGAUGAAGCCUACACUGAUUAAAGCUCCACCAAGCAAACUAACCAAUGUUACUGUACAUCCUUCAACAGUUGUUGCCACAGUUCGCUGGCAUCUUAUUAGCGAUGGGGGAUAUCCUGUUACACAUUUUACUCUGCUCUAUUAUCCACUUGUUCCUUCUAGCAACAAAACUAGGCAACUUCCACUGCCUGUACACAUAAGCCCAGCAGCUAGACAGUUCUUCAUUUAUCACUUGUACCCAGCAACACAGUAUGUAUUUCGGAUUUGGGCUACCAACAGAUUAGGACCUGGAGAGGCUUCUACAGUGCAGGCAACUACAGUUAGGCCCAUAAGUCCACACGGUGAGACACUUUUUCAAUCAUUGUGGAUGUCUUCAUCUGUUACACUUAUAAAUUACUUUUAUCCAUGGAACAAAAAUAAUUUAUACAUAUUUGGAGAAAUAGUGGAAUAUUUAACAAAGUCUGAAAGUCAAUAUUCUACCUCAUCUGUCUGGAUGAUUGGGAUUUUGUUGGUGGUCGGAUUUGUCCUGUUAUUGCCAGUUUUGAGCUGUAUAUUGAUCUGCAAAAAUGAGCAUAAUAUAAUUCCAGAUGACAUUAAUGAUAUGUCCAGAAUAACCUCCAAUUCAAGAUUUGAAUACAACUUAGAAGAAACCUACCUCUUGGAAGAAGCUGACUUUAAUGCCAAUAUUGAAAAAGUUAGAACAACCAAUAAUAAUACAGUGGUGCAGCCAUCAUCAUAGAUUUCAAAUUGAAUUAAUUGUUGUUGAUCUAGCUGGCAUUAAAAGCAGUCUUGUAUUUUACUAAACCACACAUUAUUGUUUGUGUGAUAUGUGUAUGUCUGUUAUUCACAUAUUUUGCAAGAGUUCAAAAGAAAGAUUAGAGAUAGCAAACUAACUUUUUCUUAUGUUGUGCUCCUGUGUGCAAUAGUCAUUAUCUUGAUUUUCACAAAUCAAGAAUAAAAUAUUUAGUCAGCAUUCAGCUUUAUGUGGUAAACAUACUAGUAGUAUUGUGGAUAAGUGAUUGACUAAAAAAGAAUUGGAAUUUUAUGAAAGCAGUAUUUUGAAUAUCAUAUUUAAUUAAUUUAUGUCACUCACUUUAACUGUGUGCUUGAUACAUUAUAAAAAGGUCAUUUUGAAAUCUCAAUAAAUUAAAACCAUUAGACAUGACAUCAAAGAUCUUUAGUUUAAUAAAGCAAAUAUAAUGAACUAACAUUAUCAUGUUUGAUUGUCAGUAACAAGAAUUGUGACUUUCAAUCUGUUUAGCCUUGUUGGGGGGGUUGUUUUAAAACUUAUCUUAUAAUGUCAAUGAAUGAAUGAAUUUUUAGGACGUUUUUUAGUCAUUCAAAGAAAUUGUAUUACUCGUAUGGUGAUAAACAUGGCGAAUGUAGUUUGAGUAUUACUGUUUAGCUGGAUUUUCUGAGGUAAAGAGAUAACAUAUAAUGACUUUAUUAUGGUAUUACAAAGCCAAGUACUUAUAAUACAUUAAAAUAAAGAAAAGGAUAUUAUGUUCAGAUAUUCUGGACUUAUCUAUUUUUAUGUAAAAAUCACUCAUGCUAUAAUCUAUGAGUGUUUAAGGUUUAUACAUUAUUGGAUGAUUAAUUCUUUUAUUUUUGGCACUAACAACCACUCUGAUUAUUCUUACUUAGUCUGAAAUUCAAUAAUUAUCUUACUAUAUCUAAUAAGAAUCAUAAUUAAUAAAGAGACAGUUUUAAGAUUAAGCAUAAAAUAUUAAAAAUUCUAUGAAAAUGGUUAAAUGUUUAAUUCUUGUAAACCUUAUCUUUGAACAAAACUUGCUCUUU